AUGACCUGCGUGGCGGUCUCACACGUAUAUGGGCAAAGGGAGAGCACAGCCUACCAGCUAAAGCACACCAUUGGCCAAGGUGCAAAAUGCCUCAUGAGUAUCUUACGAAAGCGAGAGGGUAGAUUCCUCACUGUACUCGCGGAGCGCCUCCGCUCCGUCACACUGUGCCCAGAGAGAGGAAAAGUAGGAAGAGGGGCAAACACGCAGUGGGCAACCAAACCUGCAACACGGGACGGGCUCUACGGGGUAUCUCCAGACCACGCUGAGACUCUUGUCCAACAACGGAGGGAGAAAGAAUGGGGAGGCCAAGCAGACCAUUUGAAAAUUGCAAUGAAUAAGAACGAGGUUGACAGCCUCGGCGGUGUCUAG